AUGUCUGUUCUCUUCGCCGUUGGCUCAAACGGAUCCGGGCAGCUCGGCAUCGGCCACAAAGAAGACGUAUCCGUCCCCAAGCAGGCCGUCUUCUUCCCAGAGGACAUCGAGUCCCCAGUGGUCAAGAUCGCGGCAGGCGGAAACCACACGCUUCUCCUCACAGAAUCAGGACAGCUCUGGUGGAGCGGAGACGCGACCAGCGGCGCUUGCGGCCUCACGUCAGCAGCAGAGACCGACGAGUCGGUAUUUCAACGAGUCCGGCUUAGCAAGGAUGAUCAGCAAGAGCAAGCAAACGCUGCAACACCAGUACUGAUCGCCGCGACCUGGGAGGCGUCGUUUGUUGUUCGUCAGGACAGCGAGGGCAAGAAUACGAGAAUCUACAGCUUCGGUGCCGGACAAAAGGGCGAGCUGGGCCUCGGAGAGCUCCUGGUCCGUUCACCGUCCGCCAGCCUCUUCAAGGAGUUCCCGCCGGCCGGGACCGAGAUCGUGGACCUGGCGGCGUGCAUGGGUCACGUAGUGGCGGUCCUGAGCAACGGCGAUGCCUACGCCUGGGGCAACGUGCGUAAAGGCCAAGGUGGAACCCCUGAGUCGGUCGUCCACUCGCCGAGGAAGAUCCAUGGUGUCGAUUUCAAAGUUGCCAGGGCUGUCUGCGGAAAGGACUUUACUUGUUUAUUCGGAGCUCCGGACUCGGGCAAGCUCCUCGUUUUGGGCUCCGAUAAAUGGAAUAUCAAGUCCUCCUCGCCCGGCUCCGUGUCGGAGUGGGCAGACGUUGGUGCGAGCUGGGGUAAUGUCUAUGUCCUGAAGAAGGAUGGCGAGCUCUUGGCAUGGGGAAGGGACGAUCAUGGACAGCUCCCACCGCCGAGCCUGCCCAAGCUAUCGAAGAUCGCUAUCGGCAGCGAACACGUCAUUGCAUUCACGGAAAAGGGCGAUGUGCUCGCUUGGGGAUGGGGAGAACACGGCAACUGCGGGCCGCAAGUUGAGAACAACGAUGUCAAGGGACGGUGGAAUGUCAUUGCAUCGUCGAGAUUUAUUCCCCCUGGUUCUAAGAUUGCGGGUAUCGGCGCGGGUUGCGCGACUAGCUGGGUGACUAUCAUUACCGGUUGA